GCGUCAUCAGUCCGGUCCUCCAGUCCAGCGGGUGGCGUCGCAGUGUCUCCUGCGCUCUGUGCGAUCCGAGAGCGUUCAGUGUAAAAGAGGAGGAGGCCUGUUUAAUUUCUCGCCCUCUGCUUGCGAAGUACGCGUCCGCUCAAAGUCGCUCGUUUGACAUCGGGCUCAUGUCGAAGGACGGCCGGUACGAUGGGCGCCGACGCGGCGCGGCUCAGCAGCACCGGCUCGGGCUGAGGUUGGGUCAGAGCGGGGACGGCAGAGACAGAUCGGCCAGUAACAGCUCUGGAUCAUCUCACGGAGGAGGGAAAGGCAGGAAUACGCCCAUCAACAUCGCCCUAAAGGCAUCUUUCCAGCGGUCCAACAGCCAUGACAAGGUGAGGAAGAUCGUGGCAGAGGAAGGCCGGGCUGCUCGAAACCUCAUUGCAUGGAGCGUCCCAGUGGAGAGCAAGGAGGAAGAGGCUAAAUCGAAGAAUCACGGUAACAGCAAUGCAAGACCUCAACGAAUCAACUCCGGGCUCCACAGGAACAAAAAGCAGAACUCGGCACUGGACUGCAAAAGCGCACCUGGGUCGAUACUGGACAAAGGACCUGAGAAGAGCCCCACCAAGACUAGACAGCCACGGAAGGUGGACCUCCGAGCACGAUAUUGGGCCUUCCUGUUUGAUAAUCUUCGGAGAGCAGUGGAUGAGAUCUACGUCACCUGCGAAUCCGACCAGAGCGUGGUGGAGUGCAGGGAGGUUCUGAUGAUGUUGGAUAACUACGUCCGAGACUUCAAAGCUCUAAUCGACUGGAUCCAACUACAGGAGAAGCUGGAAAAAACAGACGCUCAGAACAGGCCCACUUCUUUGGCUUGGGAAGUUCGAAAGAUGUCACCAGGGAGACAUGUAAUGUCCAGCCCCUCAUCAGACCGUAUUGUUCCAUCACCUGGCGUUCGCCGUGCCCUCAAUUUUGGGGGUCCCCCUCCCACUCUGGCUGUGGCUCGUCUGUCCCACACUGGACCAAGCUGGGCUGACCGAGUCAAGUGUUCCCAAUCCCUUCCUGUUCCCAGCCCAAGUGUCAACAUCCCUGCUGAAAAACCAGCAAAGAAAGAUGCAGAGGGCUGGGAGACUGUGCAUCGUGGGCGCUCCAUGAGGCCGCGCUCCAACACCAUGGUGGCCAAGGUAAGCCCCGUUCUGGCACAUGUAAGCCCCAAAGAUGACAGCGACAAAGAGAACCAGCACAUCCAGCCCUCACCCCAGGAAAAAUCUCAGGAGGUGAGGGAGCAAGAGCAACCGGUACCCCAAGAGCAGAGCCAAGAGCCGGAAAUGACCUCCGUCAUAGAGCCCCCAGCAGAAAAUAUUGAAGAGCCAGGGCAGAGUUUCAGCGCCCCCUCUGAGGACACGCCACCCACCACCUCUGACCCCACGCCACCCCCUACCUCUCCGCCUUCGCAGGCCCAGUGCUCUGUUUUGGAUUCUGAUCCAGGUCCUCCUCCUGUAACCCUUUCCCAACCAGAGGAGCAGGGUACUGGGCAAGCCAAAGUAGAGCAGGGGAUGGAGGGGUCGGAGUGGAAGGUUGCGGCACCACCGGCAAAAGCGGAGGCAGCGGUCUACUUUCCCCUGGCAGCGAUGACACUGGAGAGCAUGCUGGACCCCACAGAACUUUCCACCCCCCAAUCCAUGGCUGAAGUUUUGGCUAAGAAGGAAGAGCUGGCCGACCGCCUGGAAAAAGCUAACGAAGAGGCAAUCGCAAGUGCCAUCGCAGAGGAGGAACAGCUGACGCGGGAGAUCCAAGCGGAGAACAACGAACUGGAGACCGACAACGAGAGCGACUUCUCUGCAAGUAUCGGGAGUGGAAGUUGUGGCUUGAGUUUAGACUGGAGCGAGAUGCUAGCUGAUUAUGACGCUCGAGAGCCCUGGCGUCAGAGCACCUCCUGGGGUGACAUAGUGGAGGAGGAGCCGGCCCGCCCGCCGGGACAUGGCAUUCACAUGCACGAGAAGCUGUCCUCUCCUUCACGUAAACGAACCAUUGCAGAGUCAAAGAAAAAACAUGAAGAGAAACAACUCAAAGCUCAGCAGCUCCGAGACAAACUGAGAGACGAGAAGACCCACAAGCUGCAGAAACUUUUGGAAAGGGAGAAGGAGGUGAGGAAGUGGAAAGAGGAGCUGUUGGAUCAGAGGAGGAAGAUGAUGGAGGAGAAGCUGCUUCAUGCUGAAUUCAAGCGAGAGAUUCAACUCCAGGCCAUCGUGAAGAAAGCACAAGAAGAGGAGGCCAAGGUGAAUGAGAUCGCGUUCAUCAACACUCUGGAAGCCCAGAACAAGAGACAUGACGUUCUGGCAAAACUAAACGAAUACGAACAACGGCUUAAUGAGCUGCAGGAGGAACGUCAGCGGAGACAGGAAGAAAAGCAAGCGAGGGAUGAAGCCGUUCAGGAGCGCAAGCGGGCCUUGGAGGCGGAGCGGCAGGCGCGGGUGGAGGAGCUUCUGAUAAAGAGACGGGAACAAGAGGCCAGAAUUGAGCAACAGCGGCAGGAGAAGGAGAGGGCGAGAGAAGACGCAGCGCGAGAGAGAGCCAGGUCAGCAUCACAAUCCUUGAAAAAUAACUUGUCACUCAUGAGGAAAGAAAAGGCCGCUGAGCUGAGCAGCGGAAGACACGCCAACACGGACUACGCCCCCAAACUCACCCCUUAUGAACGGAAGAAGCAGUGCUCACUCUGUAAUGUUGUGAUCACCUCUGAGGUCCACCUGUUCAGUCACAUUAAGGGAAAGGGGCACCAGCAGGCAGUGCGGGACAGCAGCAGCAUUCAAGGGCGGGAGCUGUCUGACGAGGAGGUGGUGAGUCUCGUGCCCUCCGACAGUGCGAAAGAGGGAGAAGAGAGGCAGAAAGCUCGGAAAAAGGCCAAGAAGCUGCGGGCACGCAUGAACUCAAGGGCUAAGGAGUAUGAGACAUGCAUGGAAGCCAAGACCCAGACCUCUGACUCUCCGUACAAGGCGAAGCUUCAGCGUCUGGUGAAGGAUCUAGUAAAGCAGCAGCAGGGGCAGGACAGUGGCCAGUGGGCCAGUAACAAAGUGUCUGGCCUGGACAGAACCCUGGGAGAAAUCUCCCGCAUUCUGGAGAAGCAGAAUAAUGCCGAUCAGGAGGCGUUUCAGGUAGGAGGGGGUUUGUCCGCUCUGGAACAGAUCCUGCAGGUUGUCACCGCGGCCUCCAGUCCCACUGCAGUCCCACGUAUUCCUCACAAGUCCCUCUGCACUGCAGUGAACACGUAUUACCUGUCCUGCAUACACUGCCACAACAACUGUUCCUAUGUUCUCUACAGCAACAAAAUUACCUUUCUCAUGGACCUUCUCCUCCAUCAGUUAACACUCUUCGUGCCAGAUGAGGACAAGUCCAUCUUCGGGCGCAGUGUCAAUAAGCAGGUCUUUGACGGUUUGACUACAGGACUUCUGCAGACAGUUGCCACAGCGCUGGGGCAGUUGCACUCACCUAAUUUGGAUGGAGAUCCACCACGUAUAUGCUCUCCGGACACCAAGAGCAGACCAGCUGCCAGUGAGAACUUCAACACACGUGCACAAGAUCUCAUCAGCUAUGUGGUGAACAUGGGCUUGAUCGACAAGCUGUACGGCUGUUUUCUGUCUGUACAAGGACCGAUUGACGAGAGUCCCAAGAUGGCUGCCUAUCUCGAGCAAGCCACAGCUUUUCUCCAUGGGAUGUGCAAGUUGUGUUUUGCUGUGACUGGUCGUUCCCUGAGCAUCUUUGACAACAAACGUCAGGACCCCACUGGUUUGACGGCCCUCCUGCAGAGCACGGACCUGGUGGGCGUCCUUCACAUGCUGUACUGCAUCCUGCUCCACAGUGCCCUCCCUGACUCUCUCUCAGCCCAGGAGCCUUACAGCCCCGCCGUCAUCCAGGUGGCCCUCCAGGGGCUGCGCUUCCUCAACACCUUCGCCCUGCUGGACCUCUCAGCCUUCCAGUGUGUUUUAGGAGCGGAGGGUCUGUCUCUGGCCUUCAGACACAUUGUGAGUUCUCUGCUGUGGUACUGCUCUCAACACAGCUCUGAGGAGCUGCUCCACGAGCUCAUCAUCUGCAUCGGCUACUUCACUGUCAACCACCCAGACAACCAGGUGAUUGUGCAGUCUGGCCGCCAGCCCAGCGUGUUGCAGAAACUGUGUCAGCUGCCGUUCCAGUAUUUCAGCCACCCGCGACUCAUCAAAGUGCUCUUCCCCUCGCUCAUCUGCGCCUGCUACAAUAACCUGGAGAACAAGGUCAUCCUGCAACAGGAAAUGAGCUGUGUGCUGCUGGCCACCUUCAUACAGGACUGUGCUACCAAUGAGAACAAAUCGGACAGCAAAGCUUCACAUCCAGAGAAGGGCUGGGCUCCUCUAGACUACUGCGAGCUCUCCAACCGCUUCCCCAGAGACCAGUGGGACGCCGCACUUCAGUUCUUCCUCAAGAAGCAGGAGGAGUGAGCGAACGAGUGCACUGCAGUCAUUUACAAGAGCACAUUACACACAUUGACGAUAAGUCGAAAUGUACACAUGCAGUGCAAAGCUGUGCUGGAGGUGUUCAGGGUACGAAUGAUGCCAGCAAUCAGACCAUCAUCCAACCUGUCAAUCAGUAGUGAAGCAUUCCUAGUAGUUAACAUAUAUACAUUAACACACACUGAAAUCAAACUGACUUCUUACUUGUAUUUAUAAGCAAUAAAUGUUUACAGGAUUUUCCCUUACAUACAUUUUUGGACACACUCAUAGUGAUCUUGUGUCUCACAAAAGAGCAAAUCUCUUUCUAAGCUUUCAACAGUUUUUGGAUCGAAGGUUUUUUUUUUUUUUUGGUUAGUUUAAUUAAGUUUGAGCUUGACUGUGUUGUUCUGUAAAUAAAAAGAUGUUGUGUAAUGAUGCAGAAUAAACAGUAGCAGUUGUUUAAUUUAGGGGGAAUGACGAGUUACCUCAUCCGUUGGAUUUCUUGUUCCAGUUUUCUAUGCAUAAAGAGGAAGAUUUCAUCCCGUAGUUGACGUCAUGAUUAAUAAUAGUUUUGUUGUUGUUGUGAUUCUUUGUUUGUUCACUUUUUUAUACUGUAAUUAAUACACAGUAAAGCUAUUCUACACAUUUUUCCCUUUGUUUAUGCACUUGUUUAAUUUAAGAAAUGGAUGAGUUUAAUAAAAUAUGUAAUACUGCACAA